AUCACAAAUCACAAGUUGGUUAAGUACACUGUAGCUAGUCUAGCCAGCCGAUACCGGUAGUCUAGCUCAUCUCUUUAAUCUAUUGGUUUUUUAAAAUUGCUGAACACACCAUGGACUUUUCUCGUCCCCACAUUUACCACGAGUCCGUGGCGAGUCGCUCCAAUAUUCGGUACAUUGCGUUGCCGGACAACGACAAGAAGAAGAAGGAUGACCAGUCGUUGGACGACCGUGUGAUUGCAUCGGCGAAUCAAGCCGCUCAAGAUUUGUUGUUGGGUCCAGGUCUGGCGGAUGUAGAUCCUCGUCUGAUUGAUGCCACUCGGUUCCAAGAAUCCAUGACACCCUCCAGUGAUACAAUUCAACCGGGAUCGUUGGUAGUCAUCUUUGAAUCCUUUGACAAUUUGAAUUUUGUGUAUGCCAAAAGCAAGGAAAUUUUCAACAAUCGCAAUGGUCACUUUCAUCACGACGACUUUAUUGGCAAACCGUUUGGCUGCAAGAUCCGAUCGCGCAACAAUCGAGGAUACGGCUAUUGCUUCUUGCUCAAACCGACGCCCGAGUUGUGGUCUCGAUCGGUCAAUCAUCGCACGCAAAUUGUCCAUGAAUUGGAUGCCAGUAUGAUUUGUUUCUAUCUCCAGUUACGGCCCAACAUGGUGGUCUGUGAAACAGGAACCGGAUCGGGGGCCAUGAGUCAUGCCAUUAUGAGAACCAUUUCGCCGGCUGGGAAACUCCAUACGUUUGAAUUCAAUCAUCAACGAGCUACGCAAGCAAGACAGGAAUUUGCCGAGAAUGGAUUGUCGCAUUUGGUCGAGGUUUAUCACAAAGAUGUCUGUGGCAAGGCACCCGUUAUUGAAAAUUACAAACCAGGUGAAAAAGAAGACACCAAAGACAAUAAGAAAGAAGAAGAUACACCACCACCACAACAAUCAUCAUCAUCAUCGUCAUCACCACAACAAGUCCAAGGAGGAUUUGGUCUGUUGGGACAAUCGGUCGAUGCCAUCUUUCUCGACUUGCCAGAACCCUGGUUGGCCGUUCCGCAUGCGGCAUUCUGCCUCAAACCCGAUGGACGAUUGGCAUCCUACAGUCCCUGUGUCGAACAGACACAACGAACCGUCACGGCCAUGCGAAAGGCGGGAUUUCACUCGCUCAAGACAUUCGAGUUUCGUUUGCGAGAAAACUACGUACACGAAUACGACAUGGAUCCACCGCCGCGCGCCAAACGACCCAAAGUCGAUCCCAAUCCACAUGAUCGAUCCAGAAUGAAUAAUAAUAACGACAAGGCAACCACAGACGAUAUUACGGUUGCAAUGGUCGGAGAUGAGGAUACGGGUGCAGAAGCCGACAAUGAAGAAUCACAAGUAUCCGAAGCAGAAAUAUCCUUGACGGCGGGACCAGACGAAGUGGAGGAUGCUAUCGAGGCUGCCAAGGCAACUCCCAUUAGUACUGCUGCCACUGCCAAGAAAGAAAAGACGUCACCAACGACGGCAGUCAAUGCAAGCAGUAAACAAAGAAAGAUGGUGGUUGCAAGGCCCUUUACGAACAUGAGAGGGCACACUGCAUUCCUGACAUUUGCAACAGCUGGCCUGCUGCCGCAACCAGAUCCCAACAACAACAAGAAUCCAACAAAGUAAGUGGUGCCGAAAGGACAAGCAAGUUGGACAAUAAUUGAUCGAGGUUUGUGAAGUAAGUGUAGAAAGGCAAAAGGAAGAGAUUGAGUGGGGAUCCCCAGCCCAAGUAAGUUGACGCAAUGGACUGCCUACUAGCUAGCUUGGUAGCGACAAGGAAGACACAUUGCCUGCUCGUAGGUGCAUCUCUGAUGUUGCCUACUAGCUAGGUUCAUCCCACGUUGUUCAGUAAGCAGUUCCAACGUCGAGCUCAACCGACGGACUUGCUACCAGGACGUACCAAUCGCUCUGCAUAAUAGAGUACCGGUAGGUUUUGUGAGAUGUGAUCGAGUUGACACAUCGAGAUCAACCUCAACCCUAAUGAAGAUCUACCUCGUAGCGUAAUUCCCCUCUAUUUUAGUUCAUACUUUUACGUCG